AUGACUACUAUACCGAACAACGAGCUGCAAGAUCACUACGCCCCGAUCUGGCUUCCGUACUUCGACAAGGACGGCAGGCUGGUAGAAGGUGUUUCCAUGCGGGUUCAAUGCCACAUCUGUUGGAAAGUCCUCGCAAUCCUCCACCCAGCAGUACUUGCAGGCGACAGAAUGGAGGUUGACGGUGAGACGAACGAAGACGAGGGAGACGAAGACGAAGGCGAAGAGGCCUGUGUCGUCUUGCUCUGCGGCCAUGCGUUCGGGUUGACUUGUAUCAAAGCCUGGUUCGCCAAGGCCCCCGAGCCCAAUUGUCCCAGCUGCCGCAAGUCCAUGAUGCAUGCGCUGUGCCGCCACCCGAUCAUAGAUGAAUAG